AUGGCGUCCGCGGGUGCAGCAAAUAACGGCGCCGAUGUGAAGGUGGAAGGCAACGAAAAUGAUUUGUCUAACUCCGACAUCGUUACCAAGUAUCGCACGGCGUCCAGCAUCGCCAAUGCCACGCUCCAGAAAGUAAUUGCGGAGAUCAAAACAGGUGCUUCCUUAAAGGCUCUCUGUAAGCUUGGCGAUGACAUGCUGCUCCAGGAGACCGCUAAGGUCUACAACAAGAAGGAGAACGGCCGCAAGAUCGAGAAGGGCAUCGCCUUCCCCACUUGUAUUGCCAUCAACGAGCUCUGCGACUACUUCUCGCCCGUCGAAGACGGUGCUUGCAUCGCGGAUGGCGACAUGGUGAAAAUCACCCUUGGUUGCCACGUAGACGGCUACGUCGGCAUUGUUUCGCACACCGUGUUCAACGGCGAUGCCAUAACGGGCAAGGCCGCCAAUGUGCUCGCUGCCGCGUGGACCUGCUGCGAGGCCGCGCUGCGUGAGAUGAAGGUCGGCAACUCCAGCCAAAAGGUCACCAAGGUGAUCGAGCAGGUUGCCUCCGAGUUCAAGUGCACACCGUUGAUGGGCUACGUGAACCACGAGAUGAAGCGCCACGUCCUCGACGGCAGCCGCUACUUCCCCAGCAGCACCAGGCUAGAGGAGAAGAGCGAGCCGUUCACCUUCGCGCUAAACGAGGCGUACGCUCUCAACGUCCUGGUCAGCACCGGCGAGGGCAAACCCAAGCCCACUGACCACAAGACCACGAUUUACCGCGUGGACGUGCAGAACCGCUACACGCUGAAGACCACUCUGGGCAGGGCCUUUAUAUCCCAGGUCAACUCCCGCUUCCCCGUGUUCCCCUUCCACGUCAGCUCCUUUGAGGACGAGCGCGUUCUCAAGGUGGGCCUCCCCGAGGCUGUGCGCCACAAGUUGGUGAUGCCCUACGUCGUGGAGACCGAGAAGGCGGGCGAGCUGGUGGCUCACUUCCGCUUCGUAGUGCUGCUGCUGGCCGGCGGCACCAAGAAGAUCACCGGCGUACCAUUCGCUCAACAGGCUAUCUGCAGCCCUGAGCACUCCGUCCAGGACGAGACACUCAAGAAGCUGCUUGCGAUGGCCCUGAACCCGAAGGUCAAGAAGUCCAAGGCCACGCAGGACGGCGAAAACUCUGCCGAGAAGGAGGCAGACAAGCCCGCAGCGUAG